CUCUUCUUCUCCAAAGAGCUCAAAGCCCCUCCCAUGGAUGCCCCUCUCCCGUUCCCUACAUCCUCACGCCACACACACAACCACGUCGACAACACACACACACAACCAUGGCGACGUAACACACACACACACCCGCUACCCGUGUUUCUUCUUCUUCAAGAUCGCGAUGGUUUCUUCUUCUUCAAGUUCAUGUCGCUUGUAGUUUCUUCUUCCUCGACACAUGCUGCCCGCCAUGACUGCGUCUACAGCUCUUCAAAAUGAUCAAAAGAUCUCAUCAUUACUGUCCGCCAUGGCUGCGACUCCAAGCUCUUCAAACGAGCACGAGAUCCCGUCGUAUUGUUGCCCGUUGUUUCUUCUUCUUCGCUCGUCGCUACUGCUGCUUCUCCUUCUUCAUCCGGCGAGUUGCUCCAGCCAUGGCUGCUGCCACGCUGCCAUGGACAACCACCAAACGACACCUGAACAAGACGACCAUCUAGCUUCGGACUGCUGCUGCGUUCUUCACUGUCCAUUUGCUGCUGCCCGCGCUCCUUAUCCUCCAAGAUCACGUUGGAUUCUUCUUCUCCAAGAUCAUGUCAUUGUUGCUGUUGCGUUUCUUCAUUGUUCGCACUGCUGCCAUGCUUCCUUCUCCGUCCUUUUCCAAACAAACAAACUACUUUCCGUUCGAGUUCAUCGUCGCUUCGAUCCGGUACACUACUCUGAAUCAUUUCAACAUAUGUAUUGAAGAUGAAAUGAAAUGACCGGAAGAUUUAAGUUUUUUUUUAAUUAUAGAAUAUUCGCAUUUUAGUUAAAUAUUCAUUAUGUGUCUCAUGUUAUGUAAAUGGUAGAAGUAUUUAUUA